UUUAUCCAUUUACACAUUUUAACCCCUUUCAUCUAUACAUUACUAGCAUCGUCCAGCACGAACCCUCAUCCAACUUGCGAUCCGAUCGUUGCGAAUUCUCAUCCAACCCAGAUACAUCGACCCAGAGAAAAACCACCCGGAGAUGCUCACAGUCAUACAGCUACGCCGCCUCGCGGCCGUUGUCGUCCUUGCACUAGCAAGCCCAGGAUGGCUUUCAUGCACGCGCGCGUCGCCGCUACGACUCGAGGAUCUCGGCUCGUACGCGAACGUCCGAUAUCUAUUGCAGCAGCUGCCCGCGCCGGCGUCGGCGCAUUCUCUGUCCCCAUCUGGCCCCGAGACGCGGUGAGCUUUCCAUGUCGCCUGCCAUCGCGAUGCAUGUCAAAAUGACGCCAAACACGUUGCAGGACGCCGCGACGAGCACGGACGACGCCCCCGAUAUCCAAGUCUUCGCGCUCGGCCCGCUCGCCGACCUGUGCAAGAGCCACAAUCCGGACAUCGACAUCGCGAGUCUGGACUGCGGUUCACUGGCGCAGGCUGCGUCCGGGGUACCGGACUCCGCGACGGCGGCAGCAGCAACAAUGCAGACGCUGGCUUCGAACGGAAGUAGCACUUCCACGGCGAGGCAAGAGAAGAGUACUGCAGAAUGAGAGGUGUGCUGAGUAUCGUCUCGUGUAUUGUAUAUACUGCGUACGCACGGGAGAGUGGCCGCUGGCUCCUUCUCCCGAUCCACAUUGAUAUCGAGGUGGAUCAACU